ACAGCAAACAACAAUUGUACAACGAGUACCCCAGGUCAUACUCCUGCCUCAGCAUAAUACUUAAGUCAGCUAUACUCUGUCUUUCGUAGUCACAAGAUGCAUUAAGCGCGUAUGAAGGGUAGCGAAAAAUGAAAAAGUAACAGGUUUUCCAGAAGGUGUUCCGCCUACGGAUAGCCACAUAAUCCGUGAAAUCCGGUCUUUGGAUGGCUUUGAUGUACGGUAUUUGAUUUUUCGUGUAAUCAUUUGGCUUCAAGAAUUUUAGCGCUUUGGGGCAUUGGGUGGUAGUUAUUAGACAGCCACUGGAAUUCCACCGCUUACAACAGUCCAACAUGUUGAUGAAAUAAUUUUGCACCUCUCCGCCAUUGAAAUUAUAGCUACAGAAUUCGUCCACAGAAGUGUACCGAUAAAAUGGUUUGGUAUAAGGGACGUAGAAGCCUGAAGGAAUCGGUGCCCGAUCUUCUUCGCGAGCAUCGACGGGAUAAUAAGAGCAGUUCAUGCCAGCACCCCAGUCUGGCGGGGGUUGUUGAGUCUGCAAGACAGGAGUUGGACAAUCAUUUACAGAUGGGGUGGAAACACCGGCAAUGCAUCGAAGUUCCAGUAUGCUUAAAAGUAUCACAAUCACAGAUAUCAACAGUUUUGGAUCAAACCAUUGAAUCUGUCGUUUGCCGUGCAUAGUUUUGUUUUUUAGCGCUAAGCACAGCCUGACAUACAUCCGAAAUCAAUGUAAUUUGUUAGAUGAGAAAGUAUGACGUCAGAAUCAAGAUGAAAAUUUCAAGGUAACCGUUUCAUAACGAAACCAUUUCGCGGUAUGUAGAGAGUACGAUAAUGCUUAUUAAUUUUUAAACCAAGAUUUUGCGCUUAGGCCUCGUUUUCUGCCAUCGUUAACUGCAAAUCCGAAGUCAAAUUUGUGUUCAGUUGUAAUCUAGCAACAAUCAUAAAACGAUCUGAGUAUACACGUCGAAUUGUAAGCUUCUUGCCGCGUUAAAAACAAGCAAAUUAUUACUGGAGUUUGUGAAUUAUUACUGGUCCGCACAGUUUAUAUACUUUAAUAUUUACGGAUGCUUUAAAUACUUUGUGAACGGAGUGGUCAUUCAGCUCCGCUUUAUAAUAGUCCAGACUACGUCACUAGUCUGCACUAUUGUAGAGCGGCACUGGGUCAUUUUAGGAAUACAGUACAAGCGAUCGAAGAAAUGUAUGAGUUUGCAGUAUGCUUGCUGGUGGCUACAGAUACACAACGCUAAAUGUUUUAUCUGGACAAAAGCUACUCAACAUCCACAUCAACGUGCAUUUUUACCUGGUGUACCUCUAGAGAUAAUUAAUUAGAUCUCUUGGCUAACAGACAUGCGCAACACCUGACCUUUCUGUCAUGUGAGCCGGCAACCAACCGGAAAUGAUAAACAUCCAAGAAAGUUCGGCUAGAAAACUAAGCCGUAGGAAAGGAAAAAGUCAGUAAUUACUUUGCAGUGUCCCCAUGAUGAGGAUGUAUGAAGCAACUUACAAGCUGUCAUACGGGGAGAAAGCGCCCACGGUUAAACGGUUUUUCAGUUCAAUGCCAUUUGGAUUUCUCUAUGUGCAGCCGCCAACGGCCUUUGAUCCGCAUGGUCACCGAAUUUCUGGUCGCGUGUGCAAGGACGGCGAGAAUCCAUUGGUAGCCAGUUGCUGGGAGCCGGUUAAACGUCCCAGCUAUAAUAUUCAGCGUUUUCUGCCGCAUCCCAUUGCCGUGCCCAUUGGGCUGCGCGGCCGCAUGCCCAAACGGUCACCGGUGCCGGUUGAUUUGAGCCUGUCGAUUAUGGCACCGCUCAGUGUGCUGCAGGAAAAAAUGGAACUGGAGGCCAGACGACGGGAAGGGCUAAUGCAGCGGCAAGUGAGAAUUGGCUAUAAUCAGCGCAAACUGAAGAAACUGGGAUGAAUUUGAGUGGAACCCUGCCGGAUUCUUAACUAUCGGUUAACGGUACUUCCGUUCAAGGAAGAAUUUCUCAUGGUGAACCGCUCGCUUUUUUCCGCGAAGAAGGUUUAAUCGAAUUUCGCCCUACGUACUGCGGCAAGGCAGAUUUAAGCCAACGGAAAAGGGGAAAUAUUGCGUAAAUUUGCAUGAUCAGUCCUGUUAAGAAAAUUAUUAUUUUAGUGUCGCAUUUGUGGGUUGCAGUUUCUUUGAUUACUUUGACUAAAAGUAAAUACUCGUAUUUUGCGUUGUAUUCUUAUCUGCAGUGUACAUAUACUGUGUAUUGCUGAUCGAAUUUUUUUAUGUAGAAAUAUAUUAUAUGUGUUUGCUUGUUAUUUGUUAACACUAACGUUUCUGUGCUUUCAUGGAAAUAUGAUCCAUGUCUU